AGGCGGGCGGACGCCAUGGAGCGCGGCGGCGGCGGGCGGCGGGUGCUGGUGGUGGGUGCGGGGAUGGCGGCGCUGGGGGCGGCGCAGCGGCUGCGGGGCACGGGCAGCGUGCGGCUGCUGGAAGCGGGAGGCCGCGUCGGGGGCCGCGUCUGCAGCCUCCCCUUCGCCUCGGGGCUGGCAGAGCUGGGCGCUCACUGGAUCCACGGGCCCUCGGAAGGGAACCCCGUCUUCCGCCUGGCUUCCAGCUACGGCCUGCUGGGCCCCGGGGCCACCGAGGAGGAGAACCAGCGGGUGGAGGCCAAGGGACACCCGCUGCUGCCUGUCAUCACCUACGGCAGCUCAGGGAAGGUGCUGAGCCCCGAGCUGGUGAACGGCACCCGCAGCCUCUUCAGCGAGCUGCUGGGCUCGGCCCAGGCUCUCGUGGGCAAGGAGGAGCUACCCGCCAGCAGCGUGGGGCAGUACAUGCGGGCAGAGAUCGCCCGGCUGGCCUCCGCCUGGGAUGAGGACAAGGAUGACAAGCAGCUGCGGCUGGCCGUCCUCAGUUCCUGCCUCAAGCUGGAGUGCUGCAUCAGCGGCACCCACAGCAUGGACACGGUGGCCUUGGGGUCCUUUGGGGAGUACACCUCGCUGCCCGGCCUGGAUUGCACCUUCCCAGGUGGCUACAGCAGCCUGCCUGAGCGCAUACUGGAGACCCUGCCCGAGGGCACUGUCCUGCUCAACAAACCAGUGAGGUCAAUCCGGUGGCAGGGGUCCUUCCGCGAGGAGGGGGACACAGACAGGGACUUCCCUGUCCGGGUGGAGUGUGAGGAUGGCGACUCUUUUCUCAUUGACCAUGUUAUUGUCACCGUCCCACUGGGUGAGGCUGGAGGGGCUCUGCCCGACCACUGCAUCACCCCACUGAGCCCCUGGGGCAAGUGGCCUGGUUGCAGUGGAAGGAAGCCACCUCACCUUCUCUCUGUAGGUUUCCUUAAGGAACGGCAUCAGGACUUUUUCCAGCCUCCCCUGCCUCAGCGGAAGACAGAGGCUAUUCACCGCCUGGGCUUUGGCACCAACAACAAGAUCUUCCUGGAGUUUGAGCAGCCCUUCUGGGAGCCUGAGCAGCAGCUGCUGGAAGUAGUGUGGGAGGACGAAUCACCUCUUACUGAGCCUAGUGCUGAUCUGAAGGCCAACUGGUUCAAGAAGCUUGUUGGCUUUGUGGUCCUCCAGCCACCAGAGCAGCUUGGGCACGUCCUCUGUGGCUUCAUCGCUGGCAAGGAGUCAGAGUACAUGGAGACACUGAGCGACGCUGAAGUUCUCAGCACCAUGACUCAUGUCCUCCGCACACUGACAGGCAACCCGCACCUGCCCAUGCCCUGCAGCGUGCUGCGCUCCUGCUGGCACAGCGCUCCCUACACACGUGGCUCCUACAGCUAUGUGGCUGUCGGAAGCUCCGGGGAAGACAUAGACAUACUGGCACAGCCACUCCCCGAGGAUGCAUCUGACCCAAGGGUAAGGGCACGGAGGGUAAUAGCAUGGGACUUGGGACAGCUCCAGUGUGAGAUGGGGUGUGCAGUAGCAUGUGCCCAAGGAGCACAGACUCUGUGCAGGGUCACUUGGGUCCUCUGGUGUGGAAUGGCGGGACAGGGUGGGGAACACCUCAUCUCUUAAACUGAGGAGGCAUGGCCCGCAGAAUGCAUCCCAGAGCCCUCCGGGCAUGGGGCAUUUCCCCAAGGUCUCUGUGUCCACUCAAUG